AUGUCAACAUCAGAGAACACAACAACUGCUAUCGUUCAUGAAGCCAUAAGUGAAGAAUAUGAGUGGGUUCAGUAUAACAAACAGUUACGUCUCAUUCGUUCGGUCAAAGAUGACAUGUACCAAAUGCAAAGUAUUUUGACAGCAUGUUUUGCUCCAGAUACUAAACACGCAGACGACUGGUUCAGAAACCAAAGCACACAAGAACUUUUGAGUGAAAUUUCUCUAGACCGAGAAUUCUCGGCCUUGCAUAAAACACAUGAAAAUCGUCAAAAUUUGCCAAAUGGUUUGAGAGGUUGGUAUGUACAUAGACUUCUUGUAAAUGCUGUUGCAAUGUGGGCUUCGCCUCGUUAUGCUUGGUAUAUUUACAGACUUCUUGACGAAAUUCAUAGACAAGAACGUGAAGAGCUAGAGAACAAGCUUGAAGCAAAAGACAAAAACAUACAGAAAAGAAUACCCACGUUCGGUACCAAAGGUAAGGAAAAGAACUAUAAGUAUAUGAUUUAUACUGAAGAGAUGGAAAAUGAAGAAGACAGAGAUAUGGUUAUGUUGCAUUUAGUCAGAAGAAACAACAAAAGCUUUUACGACCUUGCUAAGAUUUACAAAUCUGACAGAAAUUGGUUCUAUCGCGAAAACUUACCGAUUUCAAUGACACCGAAUGAAGAUGUGAAACAAAUAGUUCAAGAUACGUUACCUCAAACACACUAUGAUAUGAAAGGUUGUACAAUACUUACAUUCAAAGAAGAUUUACCGCUACUGAAAGAAAAAAUAACAGAGUAUUUUGACAACUUCAAACAAGCAGAGUAG